CCGUCAUCACCAUAGCGACGUUCACACUUCCGUCUGCACGUCUCAUCCAAUGUUGUGUUUGCGCCUUGGCAGUCAAAUACAUUUAACGAAGGGUGAUGGAGCUCCUGCCCAUUCUGGACCCAGAGGACAAACCUUCCAACAGACAAUGGUAUGUUGUUGUGCCCACUGGAUGUGCUCCUGGUGUUUCUGUGGGUCACACCUGCACAUACCUGCCCUCGGAUGGAGGCAAGGGAAGGAUUUUAGUCAUCGGAGGAGCCAAUCCGAAUGGAAGCUUCACAGAUUCUUACAUUAUCAGUCUAGACGCUCAUGAAUGGGACAUUCCGGAAUGGGACGGGCUGCAGGCACGCUAUGAACACUGCAGCUUUGUUCCCGAGAGCGACCCGCAAAGUCUCUGGGUGUUUGGAGGGGCAGAACAGAACGGAAACCGCAAUUGCGUUCAAGUCUUGCACACGUCAGGCGAUGUUAAAGGACACGGUUCGUGGAAAACUGUCCAGGUGAAAGGGACGCCUCCGACAGCCAGGACGUACCACACAAACUCAGCGUGCAUUGGAGACAGGCUCUUCGUCUUCUCUGGAGGGGAUGCUGGGACAUCACCAGUUACUGAUCCUCAAGUCCACGUUUUUGAUACAGCUGCUGCGAGCUGGUCGCAGCCAGAGACCAAAGGAAUGCCCCCUGCUCCACGGCACGGACAUGUGAUUGCGGCUGUGGGAUCGGUUAUCUACAUACAUGGAGGAAUAGCAGGAGAGAAGUUUCACAAUGACAUGUUCUCACUGAACACGGAAACACUGAAAUGGGAGAAGGUGAAAGCUAAAGGAGAUGUUCCUCCAGGAACUGCAGCACAUUCAUCCGUCACCAUUGGGAAAAACAUUUUCAUCUUUGGUGGAAUGACAUCAGAAGGAGCAACAAAUUCCAUGUACAAGUUUCAGUGUGACAAACAGCGCUGGACAUUGCUGAAGUUUGAAGGAGAUCUUCCUCCCAGCCGAUUGGAUCAUUCCAUGUGUGUUGUGCCAUGGCGUGUGAGGACCACAGACCGAGAACAAGCGAAUCGAAACUCUGAAGCAGAUGUGGUAUAUUUGUGCUUUGCCUUUGGAGGAAUGGACACUCAGGGCCUGAUAUUCAAUGAUUGCCUGGUUACAGUGCUUACAUGACGUCUGUAUUUUUCAAUAAAUCAGUUCUACCCCACCCCCAAUAAUAAUGGUUGAACCUGAAGAUUUUCAUCUGAUUUUUUCAGA